AUGGGAAAGCACAGUCCAACGUGCCCAUCACGCUUCCUUAAUCAAAGCCUUGCUAAAACAGCGCUCAAAAGCCCACGGAGCCCGCUCAACUCCGUGAUGAAUCAAGUUUUAAAGGCCUGCCAAAUUACGAUGCAAUCGGCAGCUUUACUCAAGAAAGAAGUAAGCGAAUUACGCGCUGAAAACGAGACGAAAAAGCGAAAAAGGACUCAGUCUAGAGGGCAAAUAGCUUCCGAAGAAAGCCUCUCAGUUUUAGAGGCCUCUACAUUAACGAUGCAGCCGGAGCAAGCAGUUUUAACGCAAAUACCCCGUGAAGCAGAAUCAGCUCCGGCACCUUUACAGCCACGUACGAGAGCCUUACCGAAGUGCAGUAUAUGUGUAAUUCAGGGUCAUAAAUUGACUACAUUUCCUAUGAGAACACGUUUUUAG